ACUAUCCCGCCAAAACGUAGCGUUGGUGCACUUUUUCAUUGUAAACCUAAAUCCCGUUCAUGCAAGGCUAAGUGGAGACGGCCAGAGCGGAAGCUGCAGCAUAUACAAACAGAGACCAUCUUCUUUUAUAAAACUCAGGAUUUGUUUACAUCAUCGCUGACCGUCACUUGACCUAUCAGGUGCUAAUAGCUUCUCGUUGUAAUGGCUGGCUGGCAAAUGCAGGCACAACUUACAGAAAUGCUCUUAGAUAGUAUAACGUCAAAUAGAAGGCGAUCCGCUAACCAUAGGCAGGCACUUAGAGAUAUAAUUAUGGAACAACAUUCUCCUGCUCCAUAUCGCCCGGCUCUUACUGAAAUAUCGACCUCCAGACAUCAUGUAGUAACGCAUAGACCAUCGAAUUGGCAUAAUAUUAUUCUUGAUACCGAAAGAGCUAGCACAGUGUUAGCUGCGGAUGAGGAUAUUAUCCAACAGAGAACUCUGCUUGAUCGUUCAUUAAAUUCGUCUAUAGACGAACGAGCUGAUGAGGCUUACGUAGCGGGAUCGACUCAAACAUCUAGACCAAGUACGCCAAUCGUAGAGGAAGCAAACACUAGUUUUGAACAACUUGAAGUAAACAAUAACUCACCAUCGACAGCAAAAAGUAAAAAGAAGAAGCGACGGAGCUCUCUUUUGCGUCUAACGAAAUCACCGUCACUACCAGUCAGAUCACCCAAAACAGCCGCUAAAGUUUCUAAGAGAAACGACAGAAUUAGUUUCGUUUUUUGCGAGGAUUAUGAAAUACGUUGUUGCGAUGGAUUAGGAUGCUUUACGGAUGAGCCACCUUUCGAGCAUUUACCUGCUCCGUGGUGUCCUGAUAGAGUACAUCCUCAAUUUUUACUAUAUACCAGAAGAAAUCCAGAUUCGGCUCAAGCAAUCGAAAGAGAUUAUAUUCCUCCAAUUUUCGAUGGUAAACGGGAAAAAACCGUUUUUAUCGUUCAUGGUUAUCUCAGUUCGGAGCAUAAUAGUUGGGUAAAGCCACUAAUAGACGGAUUUUUAAGUAAAGGGGAUUUUAACGUUAUAUUUGUUGACUGGUCCUCGGGUUCAAUUGAUCCAGGAAUAGAUUAUCCUUUGGCUGCUUCAAACACAAGAGUAACUGGGGCCGAGAUAGCUUUAAUAGCCAAGAAAUUGCAGGAUGAGAGAGACGUUGAUCCGGAUUCGUGUUAUUGUGUCGGUCACAGCUUGGGAGCUCACGCUUGCGGAUUUGCGGGUAAAAGGUCUGAGUUUGGUAGAAUUACUGGUUUAGAUCCUGCGGGGCCAUGGUGGAUCGAUAAUGAGCCUGAAGCUAGAUUGGAUAAAGGCGACGCUACUCUAGUCGAUUGUAUUCACACACAUGGGGAUGGAGGACCAAUUAUUGAUCUGGGCAUUGGAAAAGCUAUUGGCCAUAUUGACUUUUUUCCCAACUUGGCUUCAAUGCAACCAGGUUGUUUGACUAAAAAACAAGAUAUUCAAGACGCUAUCACCUGCUCGCACCACAGAGCCAUAUGGUAUUACAAAGAAUCUUUGACGAGCGAUUGUAAAUUCACAGCAGUGCCUUGCAAGAGUAAGGAGGAUCAGCAAGAGGGACUGUGUCGGCAUUGUCAAGAUCCAGAUUGUAAUUAUAUGGGUUUUAGAACUGAAGAAUACGCUAAUCGAACCGACGUUGGAUACAAUGGAAUCCCCAAAACAGGCUUUGUAAACAACGUCCUUAACGCCUAUUUCACAGAAUACUUUCCCAGAGCAGCUGAAAUCGGCGAGGAAUUACGACGGGGUGGUUAUUUAGAGACGUUUACCUAUACUACACAUCCUUGGCUUGUUAGCAUGUAUGUAGAUUGUCCCCCAAAUUUGGUCCUAUCCGGAAUUCAAUUGAAGUGUCCAAACGCUACCGAGAUCGAAAGGUUUAAGUGGGCCGUUGGGAACGGAACGAUAAACUGGCAUGCUGUGCCGAUGAAUUUCCAAGUCGAAAACGUCGGCCCUGAAUUAUUUAAGUUCGGUCUGAAAUUGAGUCAAGAUCUUGACAAAAGAUUCGGCAUUCGCAGGAAAGGAAGAGUAAUGAGUCAGAGAGACGUCCCUGGCUUAACGCAAGCUGCAAUUCCAAUUUUAAGCAGUUUCGGAGUGAAAGGAUUGUCGGUUGGUGUUAAUCCUAUGACACCUCCUCCAGACGUUCCUCAAAUUUUUAAUUGGAAGUUUAAUAAUCAUUCAGUAAUUGCAACUUGGCAUAAAGGCGGCUAUCCUAAUAACCCAGGACCUAAUCCAGCAAAUCCCGGAGGCUUAUCUAGAGAAGAUUGCGUAGUCAUACCAAACUUUCCAGAGGCGUUGUGUUUUGCUUUCAGAACUGACAACAGCGGACCACCGAUAAAUAUAAUAGAAAUAUUGAACUACUAUGAAAUAUUACGCGUUCAAUUUCCGUCUGCUAACUUAAAAGCGUCAACAUUUGAAGAAUAUUUCCAGCUAGUUCAGCCUAUUGCAAAUCGACUUCCUGUUGUGAAUAAGGAAAUAGGAGAUGUUUGGAUACAAGGAGUUCAAUCCGACACUCGUAAAACACAAUUAUAUCGUCAUUUAACUAGAGCAUUUGCAAAAUGCCUCUCAGCUAAAAAAUGCGACUAUACAGAUCAUAGAUUUUACAAUGCCAGUAGAUUUCUGAUAAAAUUAGGGGAACACACCUGGGGCUUAAAUUCUGUUUUUGAUACGAUCCACUGGAGAAAUGAUCAAUUUGAAGCAGUAAGAAAAGAAAAGAAAUCAUUGAUAGACGGUGAAUUGAGUUGGAUUGAACAAAAACAAUUUGUUCAAUUAACUAUCGAUGCCCUUGGUAAUCAUAGUUUAGCUGAGAAGAUUAAGAAUAAUUGGCAUGGAAUGAGCGCCAUUGUACCGGAAUUAGAAAAUUACAAGCAAAUUCCCUUGACUAAUAACGAAUUCCAUUGCAAAAACAACAUUUCCUUCAAGAUCGGCGAAGAUGGUUCUAUCUCAUCACUUAAGCGUUUUCAAAAUGAAUGGUCUAACGGUUUUGGACGUUUUUACUACGUCACCUACAAUGAAACUGACUUUAACAAUUUUGGUAAAUUGUUUAAUUACAACGGCAACAGUGCAGGUUAUUCUAAACUCAAUGUCACUAAAAAUGCUAAACCUGAAAGCAGAGUUUGGGAAGUUAGCAUGUCCGAUCUAUUUGUUAAAAGAGCUAUCGACAAAGGUAUCUAUUAUGCUGAUGAGAGAAAACAAUCAGGUCUACUUAUUCGAUCGUUGGAUGUCUCCCUAGUUUGCAUUGAAACACCUAGUCACAAGGCGUCCGUAUUUGCUGCUCCUCUAAACCCAAUUGAUGAAAAGAUAACCAAAGUUGCCUUUAAUAUCUACAAUAAUAUUUGGGAUACAAACUACAUUUUCUGGUAUCCGUAUGAAGACUCUGAUGAUGAUUUUAAAUCAAGAUAUUCUAUUGAGUUUCUACAAUGA